CAUUUGCGAAGACAAGCCGGCCGCCGCGCCAUGAACCUACGGCAGCCUAUCCUCUUUCUCCCUCCGCACCUCCCCAACCCCCGCCUCGCCGCAACAUCAAGGUCCUGCAAGGGGGACGCCUGCAACGGGGACGUGUGCUGCUUCCUGCGGUGGUUGUGCAGUCGGGGAGAGACGCCGACGAUGCCCUGUUGCUUUUGUGCAGCGAUGCCGGUUGUAGCUUUUUGGAUUGACGGAUGUAGCUUUUUCACUAGCUGGUCGCAUCUUUUUUGAAUUGUUCUAUUCCACCCCCCAAUCACUUUGUUUUUGCCAGAAACUGGCAUCAUUGUUUUGCAACGACCGGCCAGGAUUUUUGCUCGAACCGGCUCUGCGGUUGCUGCAACCGGCAAGACGACGUGCCCAUUGGAGUUGGAGGUGUAGCGCGCUCACCGGCGAUGUGGUUUUUGCUGGAACCAGCAUAAAUGUUUGCUGGAACCGGCUAGUUAUUUUGCUACAAUCAGACUUUGGGGAUUUUUGCUGCUAUGUUUAUUUUGCUGGAACUAGUGUCAAAUUUUGCUACAACCGGCUAUUCCUUUGCUACAAGCAGAUUUUUUUCUUCUGAUUUUUGCUUCUAUGGUUGUUUUCCUGGAACCGGGCAGCGGGGAUGGUGACCGUGCUGGAACCGGGCAACGGGGAUGCUGGAACCAUUGGUAGUUUUUGCUUCUACUAGUAGCAUUUUUUGCUGGAACCUGCAUGUUAAAUUUUUUGUCGGGACGGAAGUGUUUUUGUUGUAAUUGAUUUUUGCUGGAACUUGCAUUUUUCUUUGCUGGAGCUGGCUCAUGGGAUUGCUUCCACAGGCGAGGUGGUGCCCGCGCUGAUUUUUUUGCAGUAUUCUUUCUUGUUUUUUGCUGGAAACAGUAUUUCUUUUUGCUGAACCGGCCAGAGGAUUUGCUUCAACCAACGAGAAGGUGCUGGGUGGCGACGGAGAAGACUGUGUUCAUUUUUUUUCCUUUUCUGCAGCCUUUGUGUUUUUCUGCUGGAAACAGCAAUUGAUUUUGCUGGAACCUGCCAAAACAGAGAUUUUUUGCAGUUGUCCAGCGAGGCGAGCGGCCACAGCGUGCUUCAUCCUGUGAGCCGGCGGGCAGCCGCGGUGAGCCGCCGAGCGGUGGCGGUGAGCCAAUGAGCGGCGGGGUGGGGGCUAUGCGCAAACCACCGCAGAGGAUAUGGUAGAUCUGAAGCGAGGAAGAAGCAGACGUGCGUGGGAUAGCUCGCUGAAUCGUGCGGUUCUGGAAACACUAAUUGUGCGGCUGCACGAGGACCGGCCGAAACGUUUGGGCGGGCGCACCGGCGCCCAGCGCUGGCCAUUAAUUAUCGGUCAUGGAUUUGGGCGACCUCGACCCGACUGCCCCGGUUGACUCUCCUGUGACUGUGAUGUCUACAGGUCUAGCAGAGGAGAUCGUUCCAGACUCCCAGUCGCCCUCAGUCUCUCUCCUCCCGAACCCAAGCGAAACUCACCGCCUCGCCCGCCCAGCCCGAAAUCCAGACCUGGUCUCCACGGUCGCGCCAGCCGCCAUGGCGAGGUGGCCGCCGGCGAUGCUGCUGGUACUGGCAGUGGCGCUGGUGGCGGCGGGCACCGAAACCGGCGAGUGCAUCCAUGAGCUGGUGCCCUACGAGGGUGGCUUCACGUCGGGGAAUUUCGUCGUCGUUGACCAUGACAUCUUCUGGAGCUCCGACUCCCCAGACCCCGGCAUCGACUUCACGGUAACUUCACGAGGCGGUAACACUGUAUAUACGUUGAAGGGAAAAUCUGGUGAUAAAUUCGAGUUUAAUGCUCCAAGGGGUGGAACGUACAAGUUUUGUUUCCAUAGUCCAUAUGGAGCACCUAAAACUGUUUCUUUCUACGUUCAUGAUGGUCGCAAUCUUGUUCUGGAGGAGGCCCUGAAGGGGGGAGCCUUCAAGAAGAGGUAUGAUGAGUGGAUGGCUAGGUAUCACCGCACAUACAAGGAGGAAGCCAUGAAGAAGAGGUUCGAGGAGUGGAUGGCCAAGUACCGUCGCACCUACAAGGAUGAUGAGGAGAAGGCGCGGCGCUAUGAGCUAUUCAAGGACUGUGCCAAGAUGGUUGAUAAGCUUAAUGUGUUUUCGGGUGGGGCGACCACAAACAACUUCUGCGACUAUUCUGAGGAUGAGAGGCAAGCCAGCUUAGGGGCCGAGUAAUCGUGAUUGCCAUCAGUGAUGGCAAGGAAGUGGCUCUUAUGCCUAAGGUAAAAUGGGCUCCAAUCAUCUGAGACCUCGAACUCUUGUCAUUGAUCAUCUGCACAAAAAUAUAGUAGUAAGUUCAUAUUAUCUUGGUGUAGAAUCAGUCAUACACCAUACGACAUGUAAUAUCUCUGCUCGGUGGGCAUUUGCUGCUCUGUGAACUGCAACAUUGGCUGCUCCAAAUAAACAAAACGAACUG